GUUGAAAACUCUUAUAACAUAAGAAGUGCAGCAGACUCGAGAGGAGGAGACAGCGCAUGGAGGCAAAGAUACUCAAAAUGGCCACCAUAGAUAGGUUCUGAUGAACUGAGACAGUGAGAAGGAGAAGAGAAUCUGAGAAGCUCCGCCAAGAUCUUGCCUUUCUUAUUGAAAAUUAUAAAAAGUGGAAAAAAAAAACAACUAAACUAUUUCUGUCUUCGGCUUUAUUACAUCUACCCAUCAUCACACAUAGCCCCGACAGGUUCAGCUUCUCUGGUACUUCCAUUGCACAUGGCUAUCCAGUUGUUAUAUUUUGUGUGUGAAUGAUGCGGUAGUUGCUUUAUGGGUUGUUUUCACUCAAAGUCAACUCGUCGAGUUCCUGGAUACGAGGAACCUACCGUUCUUGCUUCUGAAACACCUUUCACCGUUAGUGAAGUAGAGGCCCUGUAUGAGCUUUACAAGAAAUUAAGCAGUUCUAUAAUUGAUGAUGGACUUAUUCACAAGGAAGAGUUUCAGCUUGCUCUCUUCAGGAAUAGAAAUAAGAGCAAUCUUUUUGCAGACAGGAUUUUUGAUUUAUUUGACGUGAAGAGGAAUGGCGUCAUAGAGUUUGGAGAAUUUGUCAGAUCGUUAGGUGUCUUUCAUCCGAAUGCACCCAUGGAUGAGAAAAUUUCUUUUGCCUUUAGGUUAUAUGAUCUAAGACAGACUGGCUUCAUUGAACGAGAGGAGUUGAAGGAGAUGGUAGUGGCACUUCUUCACGAAUCAGACUUAAUACUCUCAGCGGAUAUUGUCGAAACAAUUGUAGACACGACAUACAGUGAAGCUGAUAAAAAAGGUGAUGGAAAAAUUGAUCCCGAGGAGUGGAAGGAAUUUGUGCUGAAGCAUCCGUCCCUGAUAAAGAAUAUGACUCUGCCAUAUUUAAUGGAUAUAACCCUGGCAUUUCCCAGUUUCGUGAUUGGUACAGAAGCUGAAGAUUCAGAAAUAUAGGCCAUGGAGUGGAUGUAUGAAGACGGGAUUUGAUGGAAUUCAGGAGUCCAGUGAUGCCAUUUCAAACAAUGGCUAGGGACCUCUUCUGCUUGUGCUUAUGGAUUAUCAGCAGCGAAACAAUGCAACUUUCGAUUCUCGCCUCUGCAUUGUUCAACAUGGGGUUAGUGUAGAUUAAUUGUAUAUAUAAUUAUACAGAAUAAACAAAUUAUGGGGCAGUAAGGAUUUGAUGGUGAGGGUGAUGAUGAUAAUAUUUUUGUUGCUAUAUAUGGGUAGACUCUAUAAAAGAUAUACAUAUUGUGGGAUACUGAUUCUCCAUAUCAAGGAAAUAAGUCCAAUUGCAUA